AUGGAUAUACCCAUCGCAGAGAAUGUCCUGGGGACUCUCGGUGCAGUGUGCUGGUCAAUCCAAGUAAGCCAUCACCAGUCAUCGACGCAAUUGCCGCUAAACCCAUACAAGCUUCUACCCCAGAUCAUCAUCAAUUACAAAAGACACAACACCGAAGGUCUGCAGGGCUCCAUGAUGCUGCUAUGGGCCGCGGCAGGCGUCCCCCUCGGUGUAUACAACAUCGCCGAAGAAUUCAAUAUCGCACUGAGGAUACAGCCUCAGAUUCUGACGACGCUUAGCUUGGUGACCUGGGCUCAGUGUCUUUACUAUGGAAAGAGGUUCCCGGUCACAAAAUGCAUCGCCGCGGUCGCUCCGCUCCUGUUACUUCUUGGUGGCAUUGAGGCAGGAUUGAUAUUUGCACUGAAAGAGGCCAAAUCGCGAGGCCUUGAAUGGCCUCUCACUCUGAUGGCCGUUCUCAGUGCCUGUCUUCUUGCCGCGGGUGUACUGCGGCAUUACUGGGACAUCUAUGUCCACAGAACGGUGCGAGGAAUCAGUUUCUUCUUUGUUGGAAUUGAUGCUGCGGGCGAUCUCUUCUCGCUUGUCUCUGUUUUAUUCGGACCCGCUUUCGAUGUACUCGGUAUGAUCAUCUAUGGGACAGAGCUAGUCCUGUGGCUGGGGAUAUUCGCCUGUGGGGGAGCUUUUAAUUUUAUACCGUGGCUGCGGAAGCGCUCCAAGGGCACUGAGGCCGAGGUGUUGCAGGAGCCGGUAUCGCUUCACCCCAUGCCAUCUUCCACCUCCGUAUUUAGGACUGCAUCUGGCACAGUGGUGGAAAGAAGGGGUCGGCCUCGUUCUGCUAAGACUGGCAGUGCAGAAUAG